AUGUGUGUUGAUGGCCUCAACCAACUUUCCAAUGACGAUGGUGUUAACGUUUAUGAUCUUCAUCCAAAUUAUUAUACAUUUCUCAUCCUGAAGCGCAUAUUCAAAAAAAUGAGAAUCUGCCAGAGGUGUCAGUUCAGGGAUGAGGAGGGUAAAAAAACAGGACCCUUCACAUGGCAUGCUGGAAAAUAUCAAUGUAAUGUUAUAUUAAGGUUCCUGGCUGCCAUCAAUGAAGUCGUGGAUGCCCAACCACCUCCUCGCUUCACCAUUCAGGUGAAAGAUGAUCCAAAACAGCUGCCUGAAAAGCAAAUCGAAAAUCGAGUACAUCGAUUGGUGGAAUUAGCAACAUGGCUCGCAAAGGAAGAAAACAAGAAACACGACUCACCCAGUACAGUUGCUGUGCAUGAGGAGAUCCAAAGGAUCCUGAGGAAAUGGAGGCAGGCUAGAAGUGGGUCAAAAAACAGAAGAGGCUGA